UUCACAAUUUCCUCGCAAUCUGUCUUUUAGUAAACAUGGUGGUAGAGUGAACAGUAAAUAAUAAUAAACAUUCAAAAUGCGGUUAGAAAAGUGCUAUUUUUGUUCUUCAACAGUUCAUCCCGGUCACGGUAUUCAUUUUGUACGUAACGACUGUAAAGUUUUUAAAUUUUGUCGAGGAAAAUGCCACAAAGCUUUCAAGAAAAGGAAAAAUCCAAGAAAGUCAAGAUGGACAAAAGCCUACAGAAAAGCCACAGGAAAAGACUUGGCUGUUGAUCCUUCAUUUGAAUUUGAAAAGAAAAGAAAUAUUCCAGUGAAAUAUAGUAGAGAACUGUGGAAUAACACAUUGGUGGCUAUGAAGAGAGUAGAAGAAAUUAAAUUGAAACGACAGGGCCAACAUAUUAUCAACAGAUUAAAAGAAGGAAAGAAAUUACGGAAGGAGGCUGACAUCAGAGAAGUUGACAAACAUAUUCAUCUUAUCAGAGCUCCAGGAGCCAAAGCACCUGUGUUGGAGAAGAAGAUGGUGGAAGUUAUCAUGGCGGAUGAUGAUGAUGAGGAUAUGGAAGGCAACUAAGGACAUAAUUUAUAAAAACUUUUCACUUAUAAAUAGACUUUUGUGAUGAACUGUUGAACAGACAUUUAAUAGAAGAAGCUGAUACGAAUUUAGAAACAUAAAGCUGCAACACACAUUCUUAAGAUGUCAAUCAAAUUUUAAAGAUGCCAACAAACUGUUCUAUGCGACACACCCACAUAAAAUCACCACCAAUAUGACAUUUCAAUAUAAAGAGAAGUCAUAAAGAAUUUAUUGUAAUCAAUGAUAUUGCCAUUAUGUGGUGGUAUACACUCAGACAAACCAUUCAUUAAACCAAGUACUCAUGUAAUAAAUGUAUAAUGGUUUAAAUAAAGAUCCAAAUAUA